AUGGCCACAACCACGCCCGCCGCGGCCACGACAACUGCCGCCCUCGAAGAGAAGCGUCUCUCGUCUGACGAAAAGACCGAAGUUGGCUCCAACAUCGUCGACCCCUCAGCAGACGCCAAGGAGCAGCAAGAGGGCUCUGCCGCUGGAGGCUCUGUCAACGGUGCUGGUGAUGCUGGUGAUGCUACCAGCGACGAGCCUGAGUACCCCUCAGCUGCCAAGCUUACCCUCAUCAUCGUCUCGCUCUGCCUUGCUAUCUUCCUCGUCGCCCUCGACCAGACCAUCAUCGCUCCCGCCCUUGGCGCCAUCACAGCCCAGUUCCAGAGUGUCAAGGACAUUGGUUGGUAUGGCUCUGCCUACCUUCUUACCACCACGGCUCUCCAGCCCAUGUACGGCACCAUCUACAAGUACUUCAACGUCAAGUAUGCCUACCUCACUGCCGUCUUCAUCUUUGAGGUCGGCAGCUUGAUCUCUGCCGUCGCUCCCUCCUCCGUCACCUUUAUCGUCGGUCGUGCUAUUGCUGGAAUUGGAACGGCUGGUCUCUUCUCCGGAUCCAUCGUCAUCCUGUCUCUGAUCAUGCCUCUCGAGAAGCGUCCUCUCGCCUUUGGUCUCGUCGGCGGUAUGUGGGGUAUUGCCUCCGUCGCCGGCCCUCUUCUCGGUGGUGCCUUCACCGAGCAUGCUACUUGGCGAUGGUGCUUCUACAUUAACCUCCCUAUCGGUGGCAUUGCCAUGGUCAUUGUCUUCUUCUUCGUCCACGUCAACCGCAACUCGGCCGAAUCCCGCGACAUGACCUUCGCGGCCCGUGUCCGCCAGCUUGAUCUUGCUGGUGCCGCCAUCUUCAUCCCCGCCAUUGUCUGCCUUCUUCUCGCCCUCCAGUGGGGAGGUGCCGACUACCCCUGGAGCAACUCACGCAUCAUCGGUCUGUUCUGCGGCUUCGGUGCCAUGAUUGCCAUCUUCAUCGCUAUCCAGUUCCGGCAAGGUGACCGUGGAACUCUGCCUCCUCGUCUGUUCAAGAACCGCAAUACCCUGGCCGCCAUGAUCUUUGCCCUGUUCUUUGGUGCCGGCUUCUUCCCCCUGAUCUACUACCUCUCCCUCUACUUCCAGGCUAUCCAGGGUGUCAGUGCCGUCCAGGCUGGUAUCAAGAUUCUCCCUCUCCUCCUGUCCACCGUCCUUUGCUCCAUCGUCUCCGGAGGCGUCAUCACCGCUGUCGGCUACUACAACUUUGUCAUCAUCCCCUGCAUGGUCCUCUUCACUGUCGGCAGUGGCAUGCUUACCACCCUCGACGUCGACUCCCCGCUGAAGGAGUGGUUCGGCUACCAGGUCAUCGCCGGUCUUGGCAUCGGCGCCGGCUUCCAGAUCGGCGUCCUCAUCGUCCAGACUGUUCUACCACAGGAAUGGGUUCCUGUUGGUACUGCCUGCGUACAAUUUUUUCAAGCUUUCGGCGGGGCCUUAUUCAUUGCUGUCGCUCAAACUGUGUUCCAGAACGGCCUUAUUGACACUAUUAAGGCCGAUAAUAUCGGUAUCGAUCCCACGAUCUUCAUCAACAGUGGUGCUUCGGAGAUCAAGGAGGUUCUGACUAAAAUGCACCGCCUGGACGCUUUCGACACUGUUCUCGAGGCGUACAUGAAGGGUCUCCGAGAUACCUUUUACAUCUCCCUUGCUUGCUCCGCCUGUGCCUUGAUAGCUUGCCUGUUCUUCCAGUGGAAGUCUGUCAAGCAGGGCCCUGAUGGCCAGAAGAAGAAGGCCGAGCCUGCUGUGCCCGUCUAA